AUGGAACCGCUCAAAAGUAUCAUCGGAAUAGUUGUCGGACGGGUAAGAGCCUAAACAUCUCGCAUUUCAACGUUUUGCCUCCAGGAUUUCGACCCGCAAAAGUACUAUGUGUGGAGCAACGAGACGUACGUGGGUCGGGACGGAAUGAUCCUCGUUCCGUUCGGCGUGCGCGUGGAUUUGGGCGAUUGGCUCGUCGUUUCGUUCGGCCCGAUCCAGGCGGCCACCUUUUUUCCGUCGCAAAAAUCCGAACACACGCCGCGAUUCGAGUCGUCCGAUUUUCGAGUGAUUCGCGCGAUUUACGAGACGACGCCGAUAGGCAAAACGGUGCAAAUCAAGUUGAAUCAGUGUUUGACCGCCGGACAAACUGUCAUUGAGCACCACUUUUUCAAGAAGAUCUAGUAAGUGUGCGCCAUUUUUGCGCGUCGGUGUGGCUGUGCGUACAGUGCAUUUUAUGUUACGCGCAAAGUUCAAUUUUUUAGUUGUUGAUGAAUUUUCUCCAAAUAUUCAUCUCUUUAAAGCGUUCUUCUCCACUUUCUACUUUAAUUAGAUCUUUUUACAGAUUUCAGAUGAAGUACCACGCGAAAAGAAGUCGAUGCGAUGAAAAGAAACGCGUAAAUAAAUAGAAGUAAUGUUUUGUUCAGAAAAUAUACGAUUUCUCGAAAAACGUCUCUAGAUCUUCUAAUCUUUUGAUUUAAAAAGUUCACUAACAUGACUGUGAAUGUCUUCGAAUCAAAAAAAAGUAGAAUGACAGCUCGCUUUCGCGUAAAAAUUGGUCUCUUGCCGGAAAACAGUGACAUUUCGUUGAAAAAAAUUUUUUUCUCAAAAACUCUCUCUAGAUUUUCUAAUUAUUUUGUUUAAAUAGUUCACUUACAUGACUGUAAAUGUUUUGGAACUAAAAAAAAGUAGUGACAGUUCGUAGAAGCAAAAAAAAAAAAUUUUCAACGAAAUUUCACUGUCUUCCGGCAAACUAUCGGUUUUUCCGCGAAAGCGAGCUGUCACUCUACUUUUUCUUGGUUCCAAAUCAUUCUCAAAAAUGUAAGUAAAGUUUUUUAACCAAAAGAUUAGAAAAUCUAGUCGCGUUUUUCGAGAAAUCGUGCAUUUUCUGAAUAAAACCUUACUUUCACUUACUUACGCGUUUCUUUUCAUCGCAUCGACUUCUCUUCGCGUAUUACUUCACCUGGAAUCUGUAAAAAGGUCUAAUUGAGGUAGAAAGUGGAGAAGAACGCUUUAAAGAGAUGAAUAUUUGGAGAAAACAACUAAAAAAAGAACUUGUACGCAGAGCAACACCGGCGUGCAAAAAUGCACAGACUGAGAAUAAAACGUUUGGCGAACGUUGCAAAAGCCGUGCCGUGCGAUGUUUUGAUAUUUCAGCAAUGACACAGUACUGGUCGGAGACGGCGAUUGGAACUUGACAAUUCGUAGAGUAGAACCAAGAGUCGGGUACGGAAGAGAGUCGGUUUGGAUCCUCGAUCGAGUGGCGUCAAUACCAGAACGGCCUAAAACUGGAAAAGACGUCAUCGGAAUAGUGGUCGGCACGAAGAACGCGAGCGAGAAUUACGUGUGGUGCAAGGAAACGCGACCGGGAUUGGACGGAACAAUUGUGGUCCCGGAUUCCGGUCCCCUUCCGUCCGGCACCUGGGUCCGCAUGAGUUUCACGCAGCAAGAAGUGGACGUUUAUUUUGAGAAUGAACAGGAAAUCCGAUUCAAAUCUUGGAACUAUUCGGUUAUGACGGAAAUUUACGAAACCGAACCGAUGGGGCUGACAAUCGAUAUGAAGUUGAAGUGUUUCAUUGCCGGAUUACGGGAAGCACGGGACAUCUACUUCCAUUUUGUCGGACUUAUUCAGUAAGUGCGCUCCAUCGCAAAUUUGAAAUGUGUACAUUUUCAGUAACAAAACAGUAUUCGAACUGGGCGGAAAAUACGAGAUUACAAUUCGAAGAGGAUAUGCAACGAGGGCCAGAGAUGGAGUUACCUGGAGUGUUUGGUAUUUGUACAAUUUCAAGGCGGUACGGCAAGAAACGAUAAUAUAAACUUUUUUGUUUUGUUUUGAAGAUUCGAGUGUGUCCGCAGCCAGCACAACUACUUCCUUCUCCUUUGAUGCUGCCGCCACUUCCUUCGCUUCCGAGACGUCCGCACUUCACUGCAAUAAUCGAACGCCUUCAAAGCCCUGUAAGUACUCUUACGCGUGGGCGUACGGAAAAGUUAUCAACUACAAAAUUAAAGUUCAUUUCUAGUACUCUAUUUUUGUACUUGACAACUUUUUUAUACGCCCACGCAGAAAAGUAUUGUAGCGGUUUGAAGUUAGGUAAAGUUGCUAGCGACUUUCUAACUUCGAACCGCUACAGUACUUUUCUGCGCAGGCGUACUACAAAAUUGUCAACUACAAAAAUACAGUACUAGACAUGAACUUUAUUUUUGUAGUCGACAGUUUUUCAGUACAACCACUCGCUGGACUACUGUAGCUCGUCAAAGUUUCGCGCCUAGCCAAAAAGUGUGGUCCAACUUUGCAGCGCUACAGUACUCUUUCGCGUGGGUCCACAAAAAAGUGAUCAACUACAAAAACAUAGUACUAACCGUCAAGAUUUCGCAAAAAAAUUUUGAGACCUCUUUGUCGUCUCCCGCGCCUACAGUACCCAUUUCAAUUUCAGCCACCUCCCGCUGCUCAACCGUCGCCAAAGCCCGUCAUGGCAAUUAUUACAAGAAUUGAAAAGAAGAGCAAAACUGAGCACAUUUAUUGUUGGCUUUUUGACAAGCACAGGUCAUCAAGAACUGAAACGAACGAAACGAAAACAUUUUUUAGCGACGCAAAACUGCACAUGAAAAUCGAGGCGUGGGAGAUGAAUCUUCGAGAAGGCAGCACAAUUUCAGCCGUUUUCACGCUGACCUCAGAAGAUGUGAGUCAAAGAGGGACUAGCAAAAGUUAGGCCAUGCCCUCCGAUUUCCAGAAAUAUCUAUCCGAGGACAGAGAUGUGAAAAAAGUGGAGACUGGCGAGUAUUGCUAUGAAACGCGUGAUAACGGAGAUGGAAUCGAUGUGAGAAUGUGUUCGAACGAGCACAAACUCGGCGAUGAAUCGGAUACGGAGGCGCGGGCGCUCAAGUGUCCCGUGCUGUACCAUGCACACUUUGGCAACGUGGUAAUACAGUUUUUUUUGCGGUACAGAGGGCUAUGAACCCGAAAUGAAAGAGAAUAUUGCAGCUCGACAAGGACCGGAUGGUGAAGAUGAGCGUAAGGGAGAAAAUGCACAUGUGGAUUCGACGGUUCCGAGUCAAGGGAACGCAUCGAUGGGUUGUCGUCGAGUCGAUCGCUUUUUGA